CUCAUCUCAAUUCAACUACACCCAGACAAUUCUAUCCCAACUUGCAAUCAUCCUCUGCUGAUACUGAGCUUCUUUUCACUCCCUGUGACCCCUGCGUCAUGGCAGCUACUAUUCCCACCGCCCUCAAGUCGGCUGAUAUCACCCGCUUCGCCCACAGAGCUGCGCAACUCGAACAGCCGAAGCCAAUAGUUGCCUACUGGUGCGAGUACUGGAUUGUCAACCAGAUCCUCUCAAAAGGCCUUCACAAUGCAGACCAAGAAUGCCUCGUCUAUACGACGACUCUCAUGGACAAGCUCGAACAGUUCAAGUCACAGCACGCCGAUGAGCCAGAAGUUACCGAUGACAUGGUUGGCAAAGCAUACAUAGAGCAAUUUGGUCUCGAGACCUUCGAAAGGGCUGAUAACGCCGUCAAAGCCAACAAAGCCACCCGACAGACUGCGGAUACCUACCAGGCCGCCGCGACCUUCCUUGAUCUGCUGCAGAUCUUCGGUGCUCUUGACCCUGAGAUUGCCGCAAAGGUCAAAUAUGCAAAAUACCAUGCCUUACGAAUCGCUAAGGCUCUCAAAGCUGGCGAAGACCCAAACCUCUCCAACCCAAGCCAAGAAACACACGCAGAAGAACAGUUGCCUGCUUUAGACCCCAACGAUGCCGACGUGAAGGCAUUGGACGGCGCAUCUGCGAAACCAAGACAGCCUUCGGUGGUCGAGAUCCCAGAUGAGGCAGACCGAUUACAGAAGACUCUCUCCCAGAAAUCAGUUCUCGAUGAAUCAUUACACCCCUCAAGAGAAACAUCGAUCCCACCUACGAAGCGGAAGACCGAGCGGCAACCGUCAGUUGUGGAAGUACCAGAUGAAGCAGAUCGGCUGCAGCAUAACCUGGCCAAGCAAUCAUCUUUGGAUGAAUCGCUCCAUCCCUCCCGGCAACCCUCCUUGCCAGACACCCCAAAUAAUGGCGUAUCUCCAAUCGCCGCUCAAGAUGCUGCAGCAUUUUAUACCAAUCAACAGAAUCCUGUCGACGUCUCUCCCUUGGACUCACCAGAACGCAAGCCCUCUGUCGGGGGUAACUACUUCCCCGUGGUUCCUUCAGAAGCCGCUCCUGAUCUACCUUCAACUCCAACUGCUGCCGCUGGAGGUCCAGUUCUUCCCUCAGCACCCAGUGAUUUGGUAGGUCGAGGUCCCAGUCACCCUCCCGCACCUUCCAGCAUCGAUACAACAUCUGCACGAGCAUCUCUGGCGUCUUUGAACAAGGCAGGACAUGCCUCACCACCGCCCCCUGCGCACAGACAUGGCAAUUUUCUCCCACCCGUAGCGCCAGGGCAACAACCUCAAAUCCCCCCCAACCUCCAGCCACAACAGCCCCCUCCUCAAAUGCCCGUCAACCCUCCGCAACUCAGACAGCACCAUGGGCCAGUGCCGCCCAUCCCACAGGGGAAACAAGUAAUUUCUCCCAGCCCGAUCCACCCUCCCGUAUCAGCUCAGCAGCUACAGUCGGAGGAUGUGGUGGUUGAUGAAGAAUCUAUAAUGAAGGCCCAGAAGCACGCCAGAUGGGCCAUCUCAGCGUUAAAUUUUGAAGAUGUCCCCACUGCCAUCAGAGAACUGAGAGGAGCCUUGAAUUCUCUGGGCGCUGACUGACAUUGAAGCCGUGGAUUCUCGUUUGACUCUGUGCUUCUAGGACAUGGUGGACGCGCGUCUGGAAAUCACGAUCUGAAUUUGUGCUAGGCUACUCUAGUAUCAAACCCCAGGCUCGAUAUUGGAACUCUCCAGGUAGUUCAUUGCUGAUGUUCGUCCGAAUGAGAUGGCAUUGUUCUACGAAUAUAUCAGAAAAGGAAGGAAGCAAGCGUGCGUAUCUGUAUCAUCAUCUGUUGGGUAUUUCAUCUGUCAAGCAUUUUGUCUUGAGAAAGUGCAAAGAAUGAAACUCUCGGAGAUUCAAGUUCCA